GCGCAGCCGGUGAUUUUUAUAAUGAACUUUUAAUUCCUUGAACCUUCGCUAGCGGCUACAAAAUGUGGAGAUCGACCGUCGUAUUACUGGCGGUUACUUGGUCGUUUUGGCCGCGUACAUCGUGCGACCUGCUGGACUACGACAUGAAGUGGUUUGACGUCCCCAUAUCGUUCACGGUGGAGUCCACCGUCCUGCUGAACGACGUAAGCCGGCGGGACAAAGAGGUCAGCUACAAGCUCAACAGCACGCUGCAUAUCGUGCCGCUGCCGCCGUCCCCUCCGCCCCCGGGGGACCACGACGGGGGACACCAGCUGAUCCAGUUUACUGUGCUCCAUCCUUACCUGUUGGGCCGGGGGACGCAUGUAAAUGCAGAGUACAUGCGGCUUCCCUCCCUGUGGGACUCCUACCCGAAGUCUGAGUUCUACGCAUACAACAACAAUGGCACCUUUAGUGAGAUCUACGUGGACCCUGCUGAACCUGAGGACCUCGUCAAUUUCAAGAGAUCCUUGCUAAGUCUGUUCCAGUUUAGUUACACCCCGGACGUGGGCAAUGAGACAGACUUCUCAGGUACCUGUGAGGUGCAGUACGAGGUCAUGUCGGAGCUGGUCAUCAGGAAAGUUAAGCGGCGGUGUUCGAGCGAAGAGGCGUAUGUGGGGGGUGCGGCGGCGCGGCGCCUGGCGCGGUACUCGCGGGGCGCGCGCGGCCCGCAGGAGGUGUACGCGGAGGAGGUGCACGAGCUGCACGCCGCGCUGAAGGCCCGCACCUGGCUGCGGCUGCGGCGCGCCCCAGACCCCGCCCCCCGCGUCAUCCCCCGCGCCGUGCCCGCCGCGCUCCGGCCCUUGCCGCUCGCCGUACCCUUAGCGGACGUAGACAACGACGAAUCGCCGAGUGUGGAGGUGUUGGAAAAGCUGCUGGCGGAGGCCGACGAGCUGACCGCGGGCGGGGCGGGGGUCGGGCGGGCGGUGGCGGCGGCGCUGCGCCUGCUGCCCGCCCUGCGCGCCGCCCCGCCGCCCGCCCUCACCGCGCUGCUCGACCGCGCCGCCGCCGCCGGGAGACUGGCGGAGGUUUGCGGCAUGCUGGGCGCGGCGGGGUCGGCGGCGGCGGGGGAGGCGGUGCGCGCGCGUCUGCACGGCCCUGGCGCCGCCCGCCGCGCGCUGCGCUACUACGAGGGGCUCGCGCUCGCCGGACGACCCGAAGAGGGCGCGGUGCUGGCGGCGCUGCGGGCGGGCGAGGAGGCGGGGGGCGAGGCGGGGGCGGCUGUGUCGGCGAGCGCGCUGCUGGCGGCGGGCGCGGGGGGCGCGCGGCUGCCGCCCGCCGCCGCGGCCGCGGUGCGCGCGCGCCUGCUGCGGGCCCUGGACCUCUGCCAGGAGGAGGAGUGCACCGCGUCGCGUCUCCGCGCGCUCGGCAACAUGCGGCACGCGGACGACACGGAGCUGCUGCUGCGGCACGCGGGCGGCUCCGGCGCGGCGGCGCGCGCGGCGCUCGGCGCGCUGACGGUCGGUCCGCCGCCCGCCCUCUACAACGCCACGCGCCUGCGCCGCCUAGAACGCGCGGUGCUGGGCCCGGGCGCGCUGGCGGAGCGCGCUGCCGCGCUGGAACUGCUGCUGACGCGGGGGGCGCGCGCGCCGGCCUCGCUGCUGUCCCUGCUGCUCGCGCUGCCCGCGCACGCGCCGCCCGAGCUGCGGCAGCUGGCGUGGGGGCGGCUGGCGACGCUGGCGCGGCGCGACGCGGGCCUGCGCGCGCUGCUGGUGGCGCUGCCGGCGCGGGACGGCGGCUGGGCGGCGCGCGCGCUGUCGGGCCGCUCGGCGGCGGUGGAGCGCGAGGCGAGCGUCGUCGGCGGCUGGCGUGUGGGGUUGCGGGCGUCGCUGCUGGAGCGGGUCGGGGCGCUGCGUCGCGCCGAGCUGACGGUGACGGCGGCGGCGCGCGACGACUCCGCGAGUGAUAUCGUGACGUUGGAGCUGCUCGAGGCAGACGUGGAGGCGGCGGGCGGGGGAGAGGCGGAGUUGGAGCUGGUGGCGACCGUGGACGGCGUGGUGCUGCGGCCGCGGAGGCUGCGUGCCAACACCACCGCGCUGAGCUGGCUGCGCCUCGCGGCCGACGAGCGCGGCGCGCGCCCGCUGCUGGGCGGCAGCCUGCUGCAGCUGCAGCGCCGCACCGCGAGGGCCGGAGCUCUCCGGGUGGGCCCCGGGGGGCGGCUGGCGGUGCGCGCCGCGGCGGCUCAGCGAGUCGAGGCGCGGGUCGCGGGCGGCUGGGGCGAGCUGAGCGCUAGCGCCCUGUCGUGGGCGGCGCCGCGGGCGCGGCUGCGGCUGGCGGCGGGCGGCUGCGCGCGUGCCGAUGUGGUGCCGUUGGAGGUGGUAGGGGAGGUGCGGUUGACUUCGGCGCUGGGCGCGGAGCAGCGGCGCGUGCGGCGGGUGCGCGGCACGCGGCUGCCGACGCCGGGCCGCACGCUGCCGCUCGCCGACCCGCUGCGCGCCUCCUGUUCUUGA